AUGCCUGUUUCAAAGGCGACCAAGAAGUUCCAAAAGGACAAGCUCGGCGAUGUCAUCAAGCGUCGCAAAGAUGUCGCCAAAAUCAAGCAGAGGAAGCAAAUGGACACCAAGAAGAAGGAGCGCAAGGCCAGAGACAAUGCGCGCGCCGACGACCUCGAUGAUGACGCCAGCAAGAAGCCAAAGACCAACGGAGCUACCGACGACAAGCUUGGCGAAAUGUCCAUGGACCAAUUCUUCCAGGGCGGCUUCCAGAUACCCGAGAUGAGCAAGAAAAAGACCAAGCCCAAGACUGGCAAGCGAAAACGGACGCCAGUCGACGAGGAUGCCGAUGAGGGCUCAGAUGAGGAAAUGGGGGAUGCUUCAGUAGGCGCUGACGAGUCGGCAUCGGACAGCGACUCGGGUGACGAUAUGGAUGCGCACAAGGAACAGCUUGCCGGACUGGCAGAGAAGGACCCAGAGUUCUACAAAUACCUCCAGGAGAACGACGCAGAGCUUUUGGACUUUGCCGAGGAUGCCGACCUCGCAGAGAUUGAUGCUCUUUCAGCCAGUGAAGAUGAGGCCACCCCAAGAAAGAAGAAAAAGGUCGACGUAGAGGAGAAAGACACUGGCAAUGAGCUCACAAUCAAGACUGUGCAAAAGUGGAAGGCUUCGAUAGAGUCCAAGCACUCUCUGCGUGCCAUGAAGGAGGUUGUGCUAGCUUUCCGCUCUGCCGCACAUAUGAACGACGAAGACGGCGGAAAGAACUACAAGUACUCCAUCACUGAUGCGAAUGUAUACCACCAAAUCCAGGUAACUGCGCUUCAACUGGUACCCAAGGUGCUACAGCAUCAUUUGCCGGUCAAGGAGAGUGCCGGAGGUAGAAUCCGUGUACCUACCGAUUCGAAAAAGUUCCGCACCUUCACACCAUUGCUCAAGUCGCACGCCGUCUCGAUACAUCACUCACUUGAGAACCUAUCCGAUGCGAAGACAAUACAGAUGACGCUUGAAUCUCUGGAAUGCCUCCUACCAUACAUUCUCUCGUUCAAAAAGAUUGUCCGUGAGGUGAUUGCCUCUGUUGCAUCCGUCUGGGCAGACAGUGCGAACAAGGACGAAGCCAGAUUGUCGGCCUUCCUCGUACUGCGACGGCUGGUAGUCAUCGCAGACCCAAGUAUCCGCGAGACUGUCCUGAAGCAAACGUACCAAGGUCUCGUCAAGGGUGCAAGAAACACCACAGUCCACAACGUUGAGGGCAUCAACCUCAUGAAGAACACUGCCUGUGAGCUGUGGGGAAUCGACCCAACAGUCGGCUACACAUCAGGCUUUGGCUUCAUCCGCCAACUCGCCGUCCAUCUACGUACUAGCAUCACGAACAAGACCAAGGACUCAUACAAGACCGUCUACAACUGGCAAUACGUCCACUCACUAGACUUCUGGUCCCGCGUCAUCUCCCUCCACUGCGAGUCUCUCCACGAAGCAGAAUCCGGCAAACCCUCGCCGCUCCGUCCUCUCAUCUACCCCGUCGUCCAAGUCACCCUCGGCGCCAUGCGUCUGAUACCAACAUCGCAAUACUUCCCCCUACGCUUCCAGCUUGUCCGCUCCCUCCUCCGCAUCGCGCAAGCAACAUCGACCUACAUCCCGCUCGCGCCCGCCCUAGUCGAAGUCCUCAACUCGGCCGAAAUGAAGAAACCCCCCAAACCCAGCACCCUCAAAGCCCUCGACUUCUCCACAAACAUCCGCGCCACAAGCGCCUAUCUCCGCACGCGCGUCUACCAAGAUGGCGUCGGUGAACAAGUCGCCGAACUACUCGCGGAAUUCUUCGUUCUCUGGACAAAGAAUAUCGCGUUUCCUGAACUCGCCCUCCCCGUUACCGUCAUGUUGCGUCGCUGGAUCAAGGCCACGACGAAGAAGAGCAGUGGGAAUAAGAAUACAAAGGUUUCCUCGCUUAUCUCGCUGCUCGUGCAGAAACUAGAGGCGAACACUCGUUGGGUUGAGGAGAAGAGGUCGAAAGUCGAUUUUGCACCCAAUAACCGCGCGGGCGUUGAGGGCUUUCUCAAGGAUGUGGAGUGGGAUAAGAGUCCCCUCGGUGCUUUUGUCGCUGGCCAGAGGAAGAGUAGGGCGGCUAAGGCGAAGAUGCUGGAUGAGGCGAGGAAAAUGGAGGAUCGGAAGAGGGAGGAGGCUGAGGCGGAGAAGAGGGGUGGGAAGGCAACGAGAGAGGAGUUUGGAGAAGCGGAUAGUGAGAGUGAGGAGGAUGGUGAGGAGAGUGAGGUCGAUGAGGAGGAUAUGGAGAUUGAUAUGGAGGACUUGAGUGAGGGGGAUUUGGAGAUGGGGGGAAGUGAGGACGAGGAAGAUGAUUAG